AUGACCAGACCAGUCGUUCGGCUCAGACGAGCUGUCUGGUCUCACACUCAAAGCACAAGACCAGGAAGUAUCUCUCGACAGGGCAGGAGGUUUCAGUCGACCACCGCCGAACUUGGUCAAACCAAAGACCUCCCACUCACCGGUCUCAAAGUCCUGGACCUAUCCCGCGUCCUUGCGGGACCCUUCUGCACACAGAUCCUCGCCGACUAUGGCGCCGAAGUGAUCAAAGUCGAACAACCCGGCAUCGGCGACGAGACUCGACAAUGGCGCACGUCCGGCGAAGCCCAGAAGUGGCGUCCCGAGCACAAGUAUAUGUCCCUAUAUUUCGCGGCAGUCAACAGGAACAAGCGCUCUGUGACCAUCAAUCUGAAGGAACCAAAGGGCGUGGAGAUUGUCAAAGCUCUCGCCCGACGGAGUGAUGUGGUCGUGAACAACUUCAUCCCGGGCAAAAUGGAGCAGUUGGGCUUGAGUUACGAGGACCUGAGAAAGGAGAACAAAGGUAUCAUCUAUGCGAGUUGUAGCGGGUACGGAGCGAGUGGCCCAAGUCGAGAUCGGGCGGGAUACGAUGCAAUCGCUCUCGGGGAGGCCGGGUUGUUGCAUAUCACGGGUGAUGAGAAAGGCGGACCCACGAAGCCGGGUGUUGCGAUGGCCGACCUGUGUACAGGGUUAUACACCCACGGCGCGAUCUUGGCGGCUCUGAAUCAAAGGCAUAACACAGGGUUAGGAUGUAAGAUCGAGGGCAGUCUGUUUGAGAGCAGUCUGAGUUUGUUGAUCAAUGUUGGACUUGCCGCGCUGAACCUCGAUCGCGACAAAGGGCCGGCAAAGAGGAGGAGGGGAAAGAGAUUUGGACUGGGCCAUCCAAAUCUGGUGCCGUAUGGGGCAUUCAAGACAAAGGAUGGGAUGCUAUUCGUUGCGGCCAACAAUAACAGGCAAUGGAAUGGGUUCUGCCAGCGGAUGGGCAUUGAAGGACUGGGCGAUGACAAAAGGUUCAGCACGAAUGACGGGCGUGUCGAGCACCGGGAGGAGAUCAACUCUAUCUUGCAGAAAAAGUUUGCCGAAAAGACCCAGAAUGAAUGGCUGACUGUAUUCGCGGGCAGCGGUCUGCCAUACGGCUCGAUCAAUGAUGUGGUUGAUGCACUCGAACAUCCACAGGCGGAAGCCCGGAACAUGGUCAUCGACGUCGAGCAAUUUGAAGCAGCCAAAGAUGGAAUGCUGAAAUUGAUCGGACCGGCAAUGAAAUUCGAGGGCGUUCCAAUGAAUGUCAGAUUAAAACCGCCGUUAUUGGGACAGCACACUGAGGAAGUGUUGGGGGGCCUCGGGUACCUAGCUCCUGAGAUCGAUGAGCUGAGGAAAUCGGGAGUCGUAUGA